ACAGGCGCGUGCUGCUUAAUCAAAUCCCAGCUGAAAAAGGUAUUUAAAUCCUUUGAAGCUAUUUUUCUUGUAUCCGUGUUUUCCGGAACGACAACUGUGCUGGCUCGUGCUGCCGGAGGAGCUCCAUCGUUCCCAUUUGUUUCUCCUUAGACUUCAGAAGUGCGCAGUUUGACAUCAUCAUGGCUGUCGACGGAUGUGGACUCGUGUGCAAAUACAUUCUCAUCCUUUUCAACAUCGUCUUUGCUGUGGUUGGGUUGGCGUUUUUGGGCCUCGGCUUGUGGCUCAGAUUCGGUGAGAACACCAGAGGGAUCUUUGAUAUCGACGCGCUCAACUCCAGCGCUUUCGUCAUAGGUGUGACCGUACUGAUCAUUCUUGGUGCAAUCAUGCUGAUUGUGGUGGUAUUCGGAGACUACGGCGCCUGCAAUGAGAAAAAAUGUGCCCUGCAAGUGUUCUCCAUCCUGCUCUUCUUUCUGGCUGUGGCUGAGUUCGUCAUCGGAGGACUUGCUUAUUCCAACAGCGACAUGGUUGGAGAGAAACUAGGAGAGUUUUAUAUUACUUUAUAUUCCCUCUAUGUGAAAAGCCCAGAUCCAGCAAUUGGUGUCACACUCACAUUCAUCCACAACUCGCUGCACUGCUGUGGGAUGACUGGAGUCUCACUGGUUGAGAUAGUGAAGCAGACCUGUCCUAAACCAGGCGGUUUUAUGGAGCACAUCGUAAUGCCUAACUGUCCCAUUACCAUCGUCACGGUCUUCGACAGCCGGGCGCCGCUGGUGAUGGGCGUCUUCGUCGGAACUGGAGCUCUUCUGAUCGUAGCGCUGAUUUGCAGCGGAGUGCUCAGUUCACAGAUCCGCCAGGCCUCCUCAUCUCCUCAGUACAUUAUCCUGAGCUCCAGCACCCCCUCCCCGGUUGCCCCUCAGCCGUACCCCCAGCAUGUCACCGCCUCCAACAACUCCUUCCCCGACCAGGACCCCGUCGUCUUCACGUCCCUCUCUGUGGUCAACAUCCCUGUGGCUCAGGCUUAGGAAGCUUCUCGACAGAUUCCGUUCUCGGUUUUUGUGUUGUUCCACAGCAUCUUGACCUGACAAACCCGUUUGCUUCACUCGGCAUGAUCACGCUUGAGCUUCAUACCUUUCAGAAGGAAAAAAAAAAUCCCCUCCUCAUAUCUAAUCUGCACUUUUGGGAAGAUCAUUCUCCAAGAAAUUGGGACAAGCAACUGUUCAGACGCAAUCGGCGGGUUUCUAUGGGUCAGAAGUUUACAUACACCCAGCAUGGACUUGAAUCUCAUGACAAAUUAAGACUUUAAAACUGAUGGUAAGACUGUGACAGGAUGUGCAUAACACUGACAUGCCAGUGUCAUAAAUAUGACGCCUGUCAUGAACAUGAAUUAGUCUUUAUAGAAAUGUUGACGACUGUUAUCAUGAAGUGUCAUUUUUAAUGCAAAGUUGGCACUUUUAAUGGACUUUCAAAGCAACUUUGCAUUGAAAGUGUCAUUAUUUACUGAAUGACACUUCAUGACAACAGUCAUCAACAUUCAUAAAGACUAAUUCAUGUUCAUGACAGGCGUCAUAUUUAUGACAGUGGCAUGUCAUGCACUGUCCCAUCACAUAAAGUGUUACUGAACUAGCUAAUGUUAUUUUUCAGGAAUGGCUACAACAUAGAACUUCUGUAUUGUUUCAAAACAAUGACUGAUCAAUUGCAACUUGUUUGAAUUAUAAGAGAUAUUUCAGGAUCAAAAUUACUUAAGCUUUGUCCAUUAAGUAUGAGAGGGCAAAAGGUCAACAUUAAGAUACUGUUGAACGUUUGUGAAGUAAAAAGAUACAUUUUGUGCCAGGAGAUCUGAGCCAUUUCUGAUGAGAAAAGUUGUCAAAAUAUUCAGAUCGAUUCACUGCUACGUUCAUGGCUGUGACGACAGACUGGAUGUAAACUUCUGACCAGAACCGGGUUUGUCACGUGAAAACGAAUGAUUUCUGUUCCACUAAUUGGAGUGACACUCACCGUUAAUUCUCCAGCUCAACCUUGUUCUCACUUUCUCCACUCUUAACAGACGUUGAUGCAACAGGGUUGGAUUUUUGUCCUUCAAAUGUUUCAUUCGACAAACUCAUUAUCUGAUUUCACGAAUGCUUUUUUUCUAUGUGUGUGUGUGUGUGUGCCGUGGGGUUUGUGUGUCAAUCUUCCGGGUGGCUGAUUUAAAUUUGUGAGAACAUGGUAGAGGUGUUUUUAAGCAUGAUUGUUGGAGCCUGGCACAAAGUCCAUCCUGAACGAUCAGAUCUCCGUUAGCCGCUUUGAAUGUUCGCCGACCUGGGGACCGAUCCGUUACCCCAUUCGGCGUUUAGGUUGGACGUUACUGCCAGGUGUGCACGGGGGUGGUCUCUCUCCCCUUCGCUGUUCUUUACUUCCCUCCUUCUUUGUCUGCAUGACAGAUCACUGCCCUGGUCUGCGCCACUAUCCUCCUGCAACAGCUCAAGAAAGUGCAACAGAACAUCACCGCUUACUAUUCGUCAGUGUAUUAAGUCGUCUUCAGUGACCAUCGCUGGAAAGUCAGCCAGCAGAUCAGUGUUUACAGCCUUUUCCAAUGUGUGUGUGUGUGUACGUGUGUGAACUACUGACUGCAGUUCCAGUUGGGCGGCUGCUGAAAACGUUGUCGUAUACCACUAGACGAACCAACUUGAGAAACACAGGUACACCAGACCAGCAGACACCUGAGCGAAAAUGAAUCCGACAACGCCAAACACAACUCGAUGAUUUACCUGCAAACGUUAGUAGCCAAACCGCACUGAGCCUUUUUUAACAAACAGAACCGCAUGCAGCCUCGAUACGCGUUAGCUCUCUUCUUUUCUGUUCUGUGAUUACAACUUUUUCUGCGUUUUAGUGAGAUAGCUUUGGCUCGCUCGUUGUUGGAACACUGGUGAACAUCACUGUCAGCAAUGUGAAAAGGAGAAAAAAGGGAUAAUGAGGAGCUUUGAUUGUAUUUAGGUCCAAUUAUAGAUUUGAAACCUUUAAGCACAUCUUUUGUUUUCGUUUGUUUCUUUCCAUGUCUGAUCACGCUUGAAAUUGUAUUAGAUUUGUUCACUUUUUUAAACAUUUUCAUAUAUAUUUGCAGAUUUUAAGGUAAAGAAAAACUUUUUUUGUUGUUUCUAACUACUUUUCAUUUUGUUCUUUAAGAGCCACGGCAGUAGCCAGGAAGUUGAGUACCAAAUAAUAAUAAAAAAAAAACCUUACAACGUUUAAAUGGAGUCUUUUAAAGCUGUAAUUUAAAACUGUUGCCUUGGUAUAAAUUACUAUAUUGUGGGGGCAAAGAGACAGAAUUUAAGUAAUAUGUUUAAAAGCUGAAUGCCUUAUUUUUCUUCAGAUUUUAUCAUGUAGUCCUGACUACUGCAUUGUAUUGUGUUAGUGAAAUAUUCUCUGUAGGAGUUGUGGCUUUGCAUGUUUCCAUAAAAAUAACAGAAACAAA